UAGAUUAUACGAGAGACCGUCUAAAAUUGUUCAUUUUAGAUCUAAAUGAUUCGUAGCUUUACUCCAGGAUUAAACAUGCUGUUGUAGCACAACAUGAAAUGGCGAUUGUGAUGAUCAAUGGACAAGAGGAAUUUUGCCGAUUUAGAAAGCAAACGAGAAGAAACUACCGAUUCCUAACUACUUCCAAUAAAGCCAUCGACAAUGCUGAUCACACGUAUCUAGCGCAGCACAGCGUUCGUUUCCGGCAGUCUUGUAUCUCACUGUGUGAUUCCACGAUCGCUGUCUCUUCGUAGUAUUCUGCCGUCCACUUGUCUCACUUAUCUUGUCGACACACGUCGAUAUGUAUUUCGUUUCACGAGUAGUAAAGUAAACUCGCUAUGCGCUUCUUCGUGUCUCCGACACUCCUUCGCGAGUGUUCCUAUUCCCUCGUCCGUGGAUGUUCUCGAAGUGCGCGGUCUGUCGUGUCGCGCGGGACAUCGCGUUACCACGUUACCGCCAACUGUCUCGUGAACGAUCGCAAGGGCACGACCAUUUGUGCUCUGUCUUCCGGUCACGGAAAAUGCGGCGUGGCAGUGGUGAGAAUAUCGGGAAGCCGAUCUUUAGACGCACUGAAAAAGAUGACAAGCAUAUCCAAGCUGGAACCGAGGAGAGCCUUCCUGCGAAAAAUACGCGAUCCAGAAACUGGAGAGGUCAUCGACAAUGGACUUUGCUUGUGGUUUCCCGGUCCGCACUCGUUCACCGGCGAGGAUUCCGUGGAGUUUCACGUACACGGCGGACCAGCGAUCCUGACGAAGCUGAUGCAAGCUCUCUCGAGACUGCAGGUGCAUCCGGCGCUACCGGGUGAAUUCACCAGACGCGCCUUCUACAAUAAUAAGCUAGACCUGACGGAAGUGGAGGGCCUGGCCGACUUGAUAGAGGCUGAGACCGAGUAUCAGAGAAAGCAAGCGCUACUACAGGCCGAUGGUAUUCUGCGUAAACUGUAUAACAGUUGGAGAAAAGUCCUUUCGGAGUCCGUGGCGAGUAUCGAGGCGUACAUCGACUUCGGUGAAGAGGAUAACAUCGAGAGUGACGUGGUACAGAACGCGCACCAAGCUCUCGGACAACUGAUGCGAGAGCUGAAGGAACACCUGGCUGACGGCAGACGCGGCGAAAUUCUACGGAACGGAGUGAGGACUGUAAUCAUCGGCGAACCCAACGUGGGCAAGAGCAGUCUGCUGAAUCACCUGGUGCAGCGAAAUGCCGCCAUCGUCACACCCAUCGCCGGCACCACGAGGGACGUCAUCGAACUGACUGCGAACAUCUCGGGCUAUCCUGUGCUGAUAGCGGACACCGCCGGUAUCACGGAAGACAUCAGGGAUAUCGUCGAAGCCGAGGGUGUCCGUCGAGCGAAAAGUCACGCAGAGAACGCUGAUUUUGUGGUCGUUAUGGUGGACGCAUUGAAGUGUGCAACCAGUGGUAUGACCUGGAAAGACUACAUACGCGAAUACCUGUCGUUAUUGGGAAUACAGGAGCUAAUGGCGACAAUUGGAAGAGAACGUUUUAUCGUGAUAGCGAAUAAAAAAGAUUUGCUGAAGGAGGAGGAGAAACGACACUUCGACGAUGCUGAAACGGUUCUGGUAUCUUGCAGAACGGAGGACGGUUUCCAGGACUUGCUGCGAUCGCUGACAGACCGUUUCAGUAAUAUAUGCGGUAAUCCAUCCGCGGAAUGUCCCACUAUCAGUCAGGCAAGGCAUAGAAAUCACUUGGACCAGUGCUUCAGACAUCUGCACAAGUACUUCGAAUUGUGCGCGCACGAGCAGCACGACAUGGCCAUAGCGGCAGAGGAAAUACACAAAGCGAUGCGGGAACUCGGAAGAAUAACGGGACACGUUAGCACUGAUGAAAUAUUAGACAUCAUAUUCAAAAACUUUUGUAUCGGCAAAUAAAGCACCGUUACUUGUGCAUAAAAAAACGUUCGUGUUUUCUUGUAAGAUACUUUGUAAUUUUUUUUUCAAAUUGCGGAGUAAUUGCGAUCAAAUAGUCAAAC